AUGUCUUUCGAAUGUGAGACCUGUGUUCGUCGCUUCAACAGCUAUGUCGCCGUCUGUCAACACAUGGAUGCCCUCGAUCAUUGGGGUCCCAUCUACGACUGUGAGACGUGCUCCAGGGAGUUCGGCUCUCAGCAUGCAGCCAAUCAACACAUGAAUGCCGUCGGCCACUGGGCUCCCAAGAUCGAGUGUGACACUUGCACCGAGAGGUUCCAUACUCAGGAUGCAGCGGAUGAGCAUAUGAAUGCGCUGGGCCACUGGGAAAAUUACUGCGAGCAGUGCGACAGAAAGUUUCAGAAUGCCAACAACUUGCGCGCGCAUCUGAACUCCAAAAUCCACCGCGGCACCCAGGUCCACUGCCCCUUCUGCUCAGCCGCCUUCGUCACCGCCAGCGGCCUCUCUCACCACCUCGAAACCGGCUCCUGCCCCAAAGCGCCCACCCUCAACCGCAACCGCAUCGCCCAAUUGAUCCGCCAAUUCGAUCCCCACCACUACAUCACCACCAAACAAAUCGAAUAUCACUCCUCCUCCUCCGCGGCCUCUACCACCUACGAAUACGAAGUCACCAACGCGGCCUACAACGGCGCCGCCUGGGAAUGCUACAUCUGCCACAGGGAGUUCCGGUCGUCGGCCGCGCUGCGCCAGCAUGUGAACUCCCCCACGCACCAGCAGCAUAUCUAUCGGUGCCCGAAUGGGACGGCGCGCUGUGGACGGGAGUUUGUCUCGUUGGCGGCGCUGUUCAAUCACCUGGAGAGUGAGAGCUGUGGGUUCAUGCGGUUUGAGAAGGUGGUGAAGGUGCAGAGGUCGUUGACGGAUGCGAUGAGUGGGCAUGGGAAGAGAUUGAUUCAAAGUGAGGCGUUCUUCAACUAG